AGAGGGAAAAGCAGCUUGGAAGUCAGCUGCAAUUUUUAAACCUUGCUUUUUAUUCCCCGGUAAUGAUCUUCAAGUGCUUGGACUUGUCUCAGAAGCUGUUUUGAAACUAACAUGGUUUAGUCCACUAACUGCAUGUUGGGUAAAUUCAAAACCCACAUGCUCGUCCUCUUGCAGUGGAAUAAGUCACAUCUGAUGGACAUUUUCUGUGCUUAUAGCAUAGUAAUGAACGUCUGACAGGCGCGACCUUUCAUAAGACAACCCACACUAUUGGCUUUCUGCCCAGAAUAUUGCUGCAACACUAUCUGUGAUUGGUUAUCUCUCUAUCAUGCAUUGCUUCACAGGGGGAAACGGCCCCUUUUUUUAAUAAAUCUACGAUGGCUGGCUGCAAUAUGUCUCACUGUUGGUACUAAGAAGUGCCUUUCCUGACGUCUCUGCUGCUUGGACCCGCUUCUAGAGCAGUCUCUGCUUUUGCCUUGCUUGCUGCCAGCUAGACUGUGACGACAGCACAUCCACCCUCCACCUCUAGCCCAGACACCCCCAUUUCUACUUAUAAUCAAGACAAAAGCUCUAAGUAUCUGGCAUUGCCCUAGGCUGCUUUAGUUUUAAAAGAAAAGUUUGCUGAAAAAGUAAGAUCUCUUCUGCCAGGAAAUCAAGGAGGAAAAAAAAAAAUCAUUUUCUCGAUUUGCUCUAAACUGCUGCAUCUGUCUAUGCCAAACUAAUCAAUACCGAUUGCACCACCAAACUCCAUUGCAAAUUCAGCUGUGAGGAGAUUCCCUUUCAGACAACUUUGCUGAAAGCAGCUUGGAAAUUCGGUGUCAAAGGGUCUGCCACGUUUUCAUGCUUGCAUUUUGGGCUCCAAAUUGGCACUGGGAAGGGGUUACUGAGAGCACAAGGCUGAUUCGAGGCCCUACUUUUAAACGUUCAUCUACUUACAAUUCUAGUAUUUCUCUAAAUACCAAAACCUCUUUGAAUUAACAGUUUCAUGCUGUGAAUUUCUAGUGGGAGAUCUUUUCCUUGAUAUUGACAACACAAUUUUCCAUGUACUUUUAAAGCAGGGAGUGGGAAAAAAGUAUUUUGGAGGGGACAUUUUCAUCAUCAUUUUACAGUUUUAUCAGUUCAGCAUUUUUUUUUUUUGCUGUUUUUUUUUUUUUUUGUGGGGGGGUUGGGUUUGUUGGUUUCACUGAAAAAUUUAACUACCUGUAAAAUCUAAACAUGGCUGUUAGUGUCACACCAAUUCGGGACACAAAAUGGCUAACACUGGAAGUAUGUAGAGAGUUCCAAAGGGGGACUUGCUCACGGCCAGACACGGAAUGUAAAUUUGCACAUCCUUCGAAAAGCUGCCAAGUUGAAAAUGGACGAGUAAUCGCCUGCUUUGAUUCAUUGAAAGGUCGUUGCUCCAGGGAGAACUGCAAAUAUCUUCAUCCACCCCCACACUUAAAAACACAGUUGGAGAUAAAUGGGCGCAAUAACUUGAUUCAGCAGAAGAACAUGGCCAUGUUGGCCCAGCAAAUGCAACUAGCCAAUGCCAUGAUGCCCGGUGCCCCAUUACAACCCGUGAACUUAAUGCACCAAUCAUUCCAAAAAAGAGGGGGGGAUUGCAUUUCGAGGUGGGAGGGAUCUCCAUAUCACAUCGGCAGUGAUACCAAUUAUCAGUACUAUACAGUUGAGCCAAUGUUUUCAGUUGCACCAAGCUUAGCCACCAAUGCAUCAGCAGCCUUUAAUCCCUACCUGGGACCUGUGUCCCCGAGCCUGGUUCCAGCAGAGAUCUUGCCGACCGCACCAAUGUUGGUUACAGGGAAUCCUGGGGUCCCUGUACCUGCGGCUGCUGCAGCUGCUGCACAGAAAUUAAUGCGGACAGACAGACUUGAGGUAUGUCGAGAGUACCAGCGAGGCAAUUGCAACAGAGGAGAAAACGACUGUCGGUUUGCUCAUCCUGCUGACAGCACAAUGAUUGACACCAAUGACAACACAGUCACCGUGUGCAUGGAUUACAUCAAAGGGAGAUGCUCACGGGAAAAGUGCAAAUACUUUCACCCUCCCGCACAUCUGCAAGCCAAGAUCAAGGCUGCCCAGUACCAGGUCAACCAGGCUGCAGCUGCUCAGGCUGCGGCCACUGCAGCCGCCAUGACUCAGUCGGCUGUCAAAUCACUGAAGCGACCCCUCGAGGCAACCUUUGACCUGGGAAUUCCUCAAGCUGUACUUCCCCCAUUACCAAAGAGGCCUGCUCUUGAAAAAACCAACGGUGCCACCGCAGUCUUUAACACUGGUAUUUUCCAAUACCAACAGGCUCUAGCCAACAUGCAGUUGCAACAACAUACAGCAUUUCUCCCACCAGGCUCAAUAUUGUGCAUGACACCCGCUACAAGUGUUGUUCCCAUGGUGCACGGUGCUACGCCAGCCACUGUGUCCGCAGCAACAACAUCUGCCACAAGUGUUCCCUUCGCUGCAACAGCCACAGCCAACCAGAUACCCAUAAUAUCUGCCGAACAUCUGACUAGCCACAAGUAUGUAACCCAGAUGUAGAAUUUUCAUCACUAAACAAUCAUACUAAAGAGGAAAGGACAGUGUGCUUGGUUAGAGUAAAGGACGAGGUCAUUAGCCAUAUUGUAUAUACCGUCAAGCAACACACACAAAAACCCCUCAGCCACAAGACAUCCACAUAUUGCAUGUUAACCAGAAGAAGAGACACCAUGGAAAUCCACUGCACACUGUUGCCUAUACACUUUGUACAUUUAAUUGAUAUUUGUGCUGAGGUGAUAUUCCUGUCUAAAAGAACAACAUCAUCUUUCUUUUCUAGCACAGUUAUGCAUUAAAAUAUGCAUACCUAAUUAGUUUCCUAUAUAUUCAUGCCAUCUUGAAAAGACAGACUGUGGUGUAACCAUGAUUCUAUUAUGUAUUGGUACGUCUGUAGACCAAGAUAUAAUUUUUUAAAAAUAAGUUUAUUUCUUUCAAGGUUUACAAAUAACAAAGGUGCACCUUGUAUUUAAAAUUGCCAUUAUAGAUGAGAGCGUGCAUGCACAGUCAUUUUUGUUUGAGAGUAAUAUUUUUAAUGUAAUAGAUUUUAAGAUGCGGUGAGGGAGGGAUCUGACAGAGAUGAAUGUGCCAAGCAAAACCACAACUGUGUAUCUUUUAAAGCACAUCAUGGCUUUAAGUACCAUGUUGUUAAGGAUUCUCAUGAAGUGCCAUAGACUGUAUAUCAAAUUAGAGUAUUAUUUCUUCAGUGUUAUUGUUUUCAGAGCCACAUUUUGUUGCUUAUCUGCUAGUACUAAUCAGUCAAAGGGCACCAUUCUUUUUUUUUUCUUUUUUUUUGAAACCAAAGCUGUCUCAGAAAUGGCCAAUUUAACUCUGCAGUAACAAUAGACAGCACAACACAAACUCUCUCAAUACAGAUAAACUCACACAUACUGGAGAUAUAUAUAAUAGAUAUAUAUAUAAAAUUAUUUUAAUGCAUUGUAGUGUAAUAUUUCUGCAUACUAUACUGUAUAACAUGUUAUUCAAAAGGGAUAUGCCAUUUCUGAGACACGAUAACGAAAAAAAACGUUUGAGGAAAUUAUUUUGCUUCUAUUUAUAGCUCUGUCAAAAGUCAAAAGACUAUAAAUGCUUUGCAAAAAUGGUUUCACAUUUGCUUAAACGCUUCAUCACAGUCACAUUUAAAAUAGUGACUCUAAACAAAGAGGAAAGCAGCACUGUCAUCAGAUGCAUGAUAAACCAAAAUAUGAAAAUGGGAAAUGUUUAAUUAACCUAGUAAUUGGGUGGGUUAAGUACAUGGGUGAAUUUUAUAUGUGAUUUGUUUUGUUUUGUUUUGUUCUGAUUAACUGCUUAUAGCCUUAGAAAGCCUUUUACAAAAUUAAAAAAAAAAUAGAUGUGCAUUCAGUUUUUAAGAAUGGAUUCAUCCAAAGGAAUUCCUUUUUUUUUGUGGUUUGGAUGUUGCAGCUAGUAAAGGAUAUUUUUGCUCUGUUCAGCAGUUCUAAAAAUUGCUGAAGUAGGGGCUAGGUCACUGGUAGUUAUAGUAUGGAAUGGGAGAAGUGAAAGUUCGGUUAUAGAACUUUCCAUACUUCCAAGUUUACUGCAAGUUUUUAUGCUUGAGAGAGAUGCUUUCUAAUAUAAGACUGAUGUGUUGAUUUUACUGAUUGUACUGUACAUCUAUUAAAGCCUUAGAUUAUUACAUUACGGGUUGGAACCCAUACCAAUGUAAUUUCAAUCAUGUUAAGAGAGUAAUGGUGACUUCACAUGUUAUUGUAGUUAGUUACAUUAUAGAAUAUUACUUAUUUUUCUUGUUAAAAUGUAGUUUUUCAUUUCCUACAUUUAUUAGAUUUCAUUUUCUAUUAACAAUGGAAUACAUUUCAGUUUAUAGACUAUUGUUUUAUUAGAUUUUACCGAUGAAUUUUUCAAAAUACAAAAAAAAUUAAAGUAGUUUUUCCUUCAUAACAUACUCAGUUUUGAAUUACAUGUAGUGUCAUACAAAUAUUCGUAUUAUUGUUAACUAAAUGAUUUAUAUUUUACUGAUUUAAUAUUAAAGUGUAAGAAUGUCAGUCAUUGUUAGUUCUUGUCUAGUUUUCAUUAAAAGAACAAAGAUCUUUUAUAUGGAUAUCUUAUAAAUAUAUAAUCAUUGCUAAGUAAGAAGUUAAGUUGUUGCUAUCGCAACAAUCCUGGCAGACAAUUGAGUAAUAUUUUGAUGAUUUAUUUUGUUUGUAAUUAGUUAUUAUAAGAAGAUCUAGAUCCUAGAUAUUAGAAUAAAAUUUAUUUUCUACUGUAUCCAUUUCAAAUGUUAAAGUAUUGUUUAAUAUUUUUGAAAUCCCUGAAUAUCAGGCCUUGUUAUAAAUAAGCUGCAUAAUCAAUAAAUAGAACAAGGGACUUUUUGUUGAUAAUCCAAAUACUCAAAGUUUACGUAAUGAGAAUUAUAGCGUGUGUGCAAACUCUUGAGGGUUGAUUAUGCUGCAAUUUAGCAUGUUGGAACGUCUAGAGAGAAGGUUGACUUUUUGCACUUCUGUAUAUAGUCAAAAGAGAGAAACCUGUAUAAUAGUAAGAUCUUAUUUUGAAUAAAAACGUCUAUAAUUACAAGGAGUUUUGUUAAGGCUAAUAAAAUGACAGACUGAGCAAAAUUGCUUGCAAAAGUGGCACAGAGUUAGCACUCCAUAUCCCUUCAAACAUGUUGCUUUGCUUUAUUGUGGACAGCUUGUAGUUUGCCAGGAUUUUUUCAGCUGGAAAGAUAUGCCAUCCUUCCGAGAUCUCAUGACUGACAAAAACUCCAUUGGGCCAAAUCUGCCUGAAGAUCAUUACCAAAAAUAGCAGGUACUUCAACCAUUAAGGUGAAAUCAUGGAUCAGAUAUUCCGUACAUUUUUCAAAACUACUGCAUGUUUAAAACUUCAACGAAAAAAAACAACAACAAGAGAGAAAGAACUAUACUAAGGACAUAUAUUAUACAAAUCAGUUUCUGCCAAUUUCAGUGGUUUAUUGUUCACACACACAAAAAAAAGAAAUCUUCAAAACAAGUAUUGACUUUCACAAAAUUUAAACCAUAAGCAGGCAAACCAAACAGUACACCGUAGCCAUGGUUAUGUGAUUGUUUCUUAAUUGCCGUAGGAUCCUGUUCUUUCAGCAGGUGAAAAGUAAAACAGUUCAAAUUUCACGGUUUUAAUUUUCAACUCAGAAGCACUCAAAAAAGCAAAUGUGAUAAUGGGCACUUGUUUAAUGAAUUUGUGUAUCCAGCCUUCACUCCAGCUGGUUAUCAUGCUGCACUUAUCAGCAACCCUCCCGCUUUCAUCUGCUGAAAGGACAGAUGUGCUUGGUUUUACUAUUAUGUAAUCACAACUUACUUUCUGCUUGUAGUUGCUUAAAAUUAUGUAUUUUGUCUUGGGCUGCAAUUUGUUUUAUGCUUAUUUUAUUAUUACUGCAGUAGUUGACUUUGCUGUAUGGAAAAAUAAAGUGAAAUUGCCCUAAUAAAACUUCUCUUUCUUAAGUAUA